CGGGCCGGGAUGGAGACGCCGCCGCCGCCGGGACCGGCCCCAGGGCCGCUCUGAGCCGAGCCUGGCGGCGCUGCCGGGAGCCCCGGGCGUGACGCCACACAAGGACAGGGCUGGGGACAUCCAAAGCCAGCUGUGAUGUCGGAGAGCGUGGCCGAGGCGCCGGGAGCUGGGAGCCCAGCAGCGCCGGGUGAGACGGGCACCAGCCAUGAGCUGCUGCAGCGCCUGCGGGAGCUGGAGGCCGAGAACUCAGCCCUGGCCCAGGCCAAUGAGAACCAGCGGGAGACGUAUGAGCGCUGCCUGGACGAGGUUGCCAACCAUGUGGUGCAGGCGCUGCUCAACCAGAAGGACCUGCGUGAGGAGUGCAUCAAGCUGAAGAAACGUGUCUUCGAGCUGGAGCGGCAGAACCAGGUGCUGAGCGACCUGUUCCAGCAGAAGCUGCAGCUCUCCACCGGGUCCCUCCCUCAGCUGCCGCUGCACCCAGUGCCAGUACCUCCAGAUGUCCCAGUCACCCCCCAGCCAGGCUCUGCUGAGCAACAGCCGCCCCCGCUGCUCCCUGGCCUCUGUCUGUCCCUGCCCGAGGUGCUGCCGCCGGUGCCAUCGGGCAGCCCUGGGCUCAGCCCUGGUGCCCCCCCCCUGGAUGCCCUGUCCCCCUUCUUCAAAAAGAAAGCUCAAAUCCUGGAGGUGCUGCGCAAGCUGGAGGAGACAGACCCGCUGUUGGGGCCCCCUCCAGCCUCCCCCGGCUCCCCCGAGCCCUGCGCAGCCCUGGGCUGGCCCCCUUGCCCGCUGCGGGGGCCGGGGGCUGCGGGGGGCUGGCGGGGGACCGAGGGCAGCCCCUGCUCCUCGCCAGAGGAAGGGGGGCCGCCUCGGGGGGCUCUGCUCAGCGCCUUGGCCGAGCGGCUGCUGCGAGGUGAGGGCGGGGGCUGCUGCCGGCGCAAUGGGGAAGCCCCCGGGGGACCCCCCCGGCAGCGGCGCGGGGAGCACCCCGCCUUCCUGGGACUCUACACACCGGGCGAGGAGAGCCCCGAGGGGGGCUUCACCCCGCUCUCACCUGGGGGGGUCCCCAACCCCCUGCCCUCCCCCACCAAGGUGCUCAAACUGCCGCCCCCCCCCGGGGGGCUGCGCCUCAGCGCCGCGGGGCACUCGGCCAUCGAGGAGAAGGUGAUGAAGGGCAUCGAGGAGAACGUGCUGCGGCUGCAGGGGCAGGAGCGGGCGCCGGGCGCCGAGGCCAAGGGCAAGGCGGCCGGGCUGGCGAGCUGGUUCGGGCUGCGGCGCAGCAAAUUGCCGGCUCUGAGCCGCCGCGGGGACGGCGGGCGCGGGCGAGAGUGGGCUGGGACCCCCGCACCCCUUCGCCGAGAGGUCAAGUUGGCCGCCCGCAAGCUGGAAGCCGAGAGUCUCAACAUCUCGAAGCUGAUGGAGAAGGCGGAGGAUCUGCGGAAGGCGCUGCGGGAGGAGCACGCGUUCCUGCAGGGACUGGCGCUGGAGAAGGGGCGUCCCCGUGGGCCCCCGAGAGGCCCGGGCCCCCUCCCCGUCAUGUACCAGGAGGUGACGGCCGAGACCUUCAUGCAGCAGCUUCUGGACAGGGUGGACGGGAAGGACGUCCCCUACGAGACCCGCCUGGAGCACAAGCGGGAGCUUUGUGACCUCCGGAGGGUCCCCCCCGACGCCAAAGAACCGCGGCUCUGCCGCCCACCCCGCAACGGCAUCGUGGGACACCUGCGGGAGCCCUCGGACAAGGUGCCUGACGUGGGGCUCCGGGAUGAGCUGCCGUCCGACGAGAGCUUGUCCGAGUCGGGGACGUCGCAGCAUUUCGCUGCGUGCGGGUCUCUGACACGGACACUGGACAGCGGGAUCGGGACCUUCCCUCCCCCUGACUAUGGGGGGGUCCCCGCCAAGAGCACCCCCAAACCGCGGGGCCGCCCCGAGCCGCUGCCCGGGGCCGUGCCGGCCGCUGUCACCAAAGUGCCGCGCAAGGCCCGGACGCUGGAGCGGGAGGUUCCCAGCGCCGAGGAGCUGCUGCUGCCCGGAAAACACCGCAGCGCCCCGAGCUGCCGCCUCCCGGCGCCCCCCGCCUCACACGGCCACCGCGCUGCCCCCCAAGACACCGGGGAUGAUGCCAGGAAGCCGCGGCGUGUCCAGCAGAGCAAGAACUGGACCUUCCCCAACGCCAAAGCCUGCGGUGCUGCUGACCCCUUCGUGUGCCCCGCCGGGGGGCUGGAGGGGCUGCAUCGGCCUGUGCAGGCCCCCGUGUGCAGCCCGGCAGGGCAUCGGGGGGCAUCCCCGGAGGCGCCCCCACCGCUGCCCCCUGCCCUGAGCACCAGCAGCAGCCGGACCCCCAGCGCCUCAGACGUGGGGGACGAGGGCAGCACGGAGGCGCGGUCCCGGGACGGGGGGCACGGCCCCGCCGGGCUGGAACACUCCGAGUCCCUCAGCGAUUCGCUCUACGACAGCCUCUCCUCCUGCGGCAGCCAGGGCUGAGCUGCCCCGGCCCUGCUCCCACGUCUUCCACCCCCUCCCGCUGCUCCCCGCUCCUGCUCUGAGGGUGCUGCCCGGAUUGGGAGUGUCCGGUGUCCCGUCGCUCCCUCUCCCGGCUCUCUCCAUGGUGCUAUGGCCCUGUACAGCCCCCGCUGAUGGGUUUUUAACUCAAUAAAGCCGCCCCCCCAGCCCGGGUUAUUUAUAUA